AGCCCACAGCGAGGCAGGCAGCGCGGGCACGUAAAACGAAACCACCGGAGCCCGCGUGCGUGAAGCCUGCGCACAAAGAUGAUGAAUUAGUAAAACAAGAGCUCCGGUAACAGGACGAUCCGGAAUCUGGGUCUCAUCAGAGGACACAUGUGGAGGUUAUGUCCCUAGAAGAAGGCCAGCUUUAAUAGGCUGCAGCGUCACGGAGGCAGCGCUGUGCGCACUGGAAACCCGGGAUUCAAUUGGUGGAACCAAGAGGGGAGCCCCGGCCUUUUUCACUGCAGGAGGAGCAGACUUAAGGGAACCGAGAGAGAGGAGGAAAAAUAGAGAGAGAGAGCUCACUGCCAAGACAGCAGCAGCAGUGUGCGCAGUUUCCAAAUCGGCACAGCCUCCUCUGCUGCACGGCAUGAGGGACUUCACCCAAACUGCGCAUUGACUCUGCAGGAUGCACCUAGGCGCGUGCUUACUUUGUUAGACAGGCUGUUCAGGAAUUUGUGACACAGCCCGACCACAGCUGCGACAUUACCCCCUCCCCCCCCCAAACUGAGAGUUUCUCACCCCCUGCGCUCUGGCCUUGUGGUGGACAUGGGAAAUGUAAACAGUAGUCGGGCUGGAUUGUAACUACGCACACUUCCCACGUCCUCCUCCCACCUCCUACCGGGAUGGAGAUGGAGACGGAGAGGGUCGAGCCGGAGCAGGAGAGGGAGGCAGAGCCGCCCAUGCACAGCGUCCACGGGACCAACCGGAUCCGGCCGUCCUCGUACCGGGCCCUGCGCAGCGCCGUGUCCAGCCUGGCCCGCCUGGAUGACUUCACCUGCGAGAAGAUCGGCGCUGGCUUCUUCUCAGAGGUGUUCAAGGUGCAGCACCGUGUGUCAGGUCAGGUCAUGGCUCUGAAGAUGAACAUCCUGGCCAGCAACAGAGCCAACAUGCUCAGGGAGGUCCAGCUCAUGAACAGACUGUCGCACCCCAACAUACUCAGGUUUAUCGGAGUUUGUGUUCAUGAGGGCCAGCUCCACGCCCUCACAGAGUUCAUUAAUGGCGGUAACCUGGAGCAGCUGUUGGGCAGCGACGUGUACCUGUCGUGGAGCGUGAGGAUGAGCCUGGCGCUGGACAUCGCCCAGGGACUGCAGUACCUGCACAGCAUGGGCAUCUUCCACCGGGACCUCACCUCCAAGAACUGCCUGGUGCGCUGGGAGGGCCGUGUGUGCUCCUCCGUGGUGGGAGACUUUGGCCUGGCGGAGAAAAUCCCAGAUUACAGCGAUGAAGAGGACCAGGAGCCGCUGGCCGUGGUGGGCUCCCCCUACUGGAUGGCCCCGGAGGUGCUCAGAGGAGAGGUGUAUAAUGAGAAGGUGGAUGUGUUUGCGUACGGGAUCGUCCUGUGUGAGGUCAUUGGGAGGAUCCAGGCCGACCCCGACAUCUUGCCCCGCACCGAGGACUUUGGUCUGGAUGUGGUGACCUUUCAGCAGAUGGUGGAAGAUUUUCCUCCUGACUUCCUGGAACUGGCCAUCUCCUGCUGUAAUAUGAACUCAAAGCUCCGUCCAUCCUUCUCUGAAAUCGUGGUGGAGCUGGAGCGGCAGCAGGCUGAGAGGAAGCAGAAAGAUGAACCAACAGUCAAAGCUGUCUCUCCAUCCAUCGGCCCUCUCAGAAGGCGGUCCCUCUGCCUCGUCGGACCCUCGCCUCUCCCGCAGCAAAUCGGACAUGCUACUCCCCCCGGACACGCCCCCCUCCGUCAUCAACGCCAUCCUGCUCGGAUCAACCCCUUCUCUCAGAGGGAGGACCUCAAGGGGGGCAAGAUCAAGCUGUUCGACACCCCCAGCAAGUCGGUCAUCUCCCUCACCUUCACCCUGCCCCCCCUUCCAGACUGCGAAGACCCCUCUGUGUCCGACACUGAUGGCGUUGUCCUGAGGAGACACCGGCGCUGCCACUCGCUGCCGUGUACGCCCCCUCCUCACCUCACAUCGGCACCGAACACUGUCCUGACCGAAGAGGAGUCCCCGUCUGAAGUGGACACUGUAAACUUUGAGACAAAAGAAGAAGAGACACUGUUGGAGAAAGAGAGACUAUUGGAAGAAGAGAGACUGUUGGCAAAAGAGAAGGAGAUCAAGGAGGGGAGUGGGAGUGAUUCAGGUCUGCCCGGUCUGUCUCUUGGGCCCCUGCCCAUGGACCAGGAGGACGGAGAGCCGAUGGACUGCUCCAGCUCCCCGGACACACAGGACAGCGCUUCAUCUCCGUACUCGAACCCCUCCCCUCAUCCUGCUUCCUCAACUCCAAUCCAACCCUCCACCCCUCCCUUCUCAAACGGCUGGGGGUCGGCCAUCUCCAACGGGCCACCCUGCCUGCCUCCCCUCUCUCACUUGGACAACAACAACGUGGUCGUGAGUCGAGAAUUGACCAACAACAACGGCUACCACUCCCCUCCCAGUGACCCCGCAGGCUCCUCCCCCUACCGCUCGGGCAGCGUUUGCUCUCUGGACCAGGAGGAGGGGGUCUCCUGUUCUCUGGACCAGGAGGAGGUGGUCUCGUGUCCCGGCUGCUGCCUGGCCGGCCUCCGCUUCCCCUCCAUGUGUCUCAGAGCUCCGCCGCGCAUGAACCCUUACAAGAACUUGAACGGGGAACAUGCAGCGUCCCGUGGGCUGCUCGCUCCGGGACCAAAAGACUCUCCAUCCCCCACCACCACCGCCACCGCCUUGCCGGGGGCACAGACUUAAACUUCUCAACAAAGAGUGUGGAAACUCUGUACCAAAAGCUCCCCUCUUGGAAAUUAAGCGGGUUUUCUUAGAAUUUGCACAGAUUUGAACACAGCAAUACCCUGCUUAUUUUCUAGACUCACUUUUGGGUGCGGAUGGGUUUAGAGGAACAGACUCCAGGCUGAAGCUGUGGGACGACGGACUCUCUGCUGUUGCAUGUCGCCCUCUGCUGGGCUGAGGACGACAUGUCGAUCUGACUGAUUAUCCACAGCGUCCUGAACUGUUAAGCAUGUAAGCAGUUUGUUUGGAUCCUGUAUAUCCAGAGAUAAAAAGACUCAUGAAUGAUGAUGAUGAUGCUGAAAUGAGGAAUGUCAAGCUUUGUAUUAUUACGGCUGCAAUUACUUUUGUUGAUUGGUGCUGAAUGAACAGGCAGUUUUUGCUUUCAUGUAUUACCAAGAGGGUGUAUGGUGCAUUGCUGGACUGACUGUGUGUGUGUGUGUGUGUGUGUGUGUGUUUGUGUGUGUGUGUGUGUGUGUUCUUUUGAGUUGCUGUAUGAUCUCUGUUGGCCCUGCUGGUCGCCUGGUUAAGCACUUCAACUGUAUUACUGUUGUGAAUAAGGAAACUAUUGAUAUUAUUACUUUGAGGAAUGAAUGGUCGAAGACCUGCUUAUGAGAUGUACAGAUUCUUAUUAUUUAAAGAUGACAUUGAAUAAAAAGACAGAAUGUUA